AUGAGGUUAUAUGUUUAUGUCUUGCAAGCCGAAGACUUGCCUGUGAAGAACACUUACGUUAAACUUCAGGUUGGUAAACACAAGUCCAGGACUAGAGUUUCCAGAAACAGCUCAAACCCUGUUUGGAAUGAGGAGUUUGUUUUCAGGGUUCAUAGUAAUAAUGAUCAACAAGAGUUGGUUGUGUCUGUCUUUAAUCAUGAUGAUGAUGAAGAUUUUGGCAGCUUGUUUAAUGGCUCUGGAGAGUUAGUGGGUGUGGUUCAGAUUCCUGUUUGGUCUGUUGUAGCAGAGCCGAAUCAGACCUUGCGAUCUACUUGGUUCUCUCUUGAAAAGCCCAUGACCGUAAAGUUCAUCGAUAUGGACUGUGGGAAAAUUCUGCUCGGUCUCUGCCUAUGCAGAAAACGUGACAAUUCUUUGGCUUACCGCUUCGUUUACGCAAACCCAAAUGUCAAUGAGGACUAUAAAGAAUCUGAAGGCCCAUGUGUAUCAUCUCAUGGUAUGCAUUGCUAUAAAGCUCCAUGUGUAAAGAUAGCAGAAGGGAAGAAGUUAAUGAAGACCAUCGUGAGCCGUUUGGAGAGGGUUUUCAAUAAGCAUGAGGAAAAUUCAAGAACGGAUGAUUCUUCAGAGCUAGCUAGUGCUUCUUCUGAUUUUGAGGAUUGUGAACAUUCAUCCAGUUGUAGUUUUGAAGAAGCAAUGGAGAUCAUGUGUUCAAGAGAUAAUGAACAAGAAAUGCCGGAGAACCUCCAGGGUGGUAUUCUUCUUGAUAGGAUAUAUGUUGCACCCUCGUGGGAUCUCAAUAUGUUUCUUUUUGCACCCAAUUCACAGUUUCGGAAGAACCUGGCAGAGAUUCAGGGAACAAAAGAUGUUGAAAAGGGGCUUGGACUUGGAAAUCAGCGAACAUUUAAGGCUGUUAAAGCUACCGAGGAGCAAACUUAUGUAAAAGCGGAUGCAAAGGAAUUUGCUGUUUUGACAAAUGUUAGCACGCCAGAAGUUCCAUAUGGAAAUACAUUCAACAUUGAGUUGCUAUACAAGAUAUUUCCUGGUCCAGAAAUAUCUUCAGGAGAAGCAUCUUCCCACCUCUUGAUAUCAUGGGGAAUAAAUUUCUGUAAAAGCACAAUGAUGAAAGGUAUGAUUGAAGGAGGAGCGAGGCAGGGACUGAAAGAGAGUUUUGAUCAGUUUGCCAACUUGUUGGCUCAGAAUUUUAAGACAGUGCAUUCUAUGGAUUUAUUGAACAAGGACCAUAUGCUGGCAACAUUGGAAGCAGAACACCAGUCAGACUGGCAAUUGGCAUCAGAUUACUUCUGGAAUUUUACUGUUGUGUCCACCAUUUUUAUGAUUUUAUAUGUAGUUGUGCAUAUUCAUUUCUGUGAGCCAAGCAAAGUUCAAGGUUUGGAAUUUAUUGGUCUUGAUUUGCCAGAUAGUUUUGGACAGCUCAUCACUUGUGCAAUUAUAGUCAUUCAAUUGGAACGUGCAACUAACAUGGUGAAACACUUCAUACAAGCUAGGCUUCGAAAAGUGAUCAUGGGGUCAAAGCCCAAGGUGAAGGAUGGGUUCUUACUAGAGUUUAAUAAUUAUAUGUGCAAAACAAUGUUGAAGCUAUAUAAUGCAGAAAUACUAGAGUUUGAUGCAAUGGAUGAACCACCCUCAGUUCUUGAUGUGGAAGUUUUUGAUUUUGACGGUCCAUUUGACCAGGCCACCUCACUUGGGCAUGCUAAGAUAAUUUUUUUGAAGCAUACAUCAACUGAACUAGCAGACAUGUGGAUCACCCUCGAGGGAAGGCUUGCUCAAUCUUCUCAUUCAAAGCUACAUUUGCGAAUAUUUAUAGACAAUGACAAAGGUGUUGAAACUGUUAAGGAGUACUUAACAAAGAUGGAGAAGGAAGUUGGGAAGAAGUUGAACUUACAAUCACCUCACAGGAAUUCGAUAUUCCAGAAAUUGUUUGGGUUGCCACCAGAAGAAUUUCUCAUCAAUGAUUUUACAUGCCACCUGAAGAGGAAAAUGCCUUUGCAGGAUAUUGAAGACAUCCAAGUGCAAUCUUCAUCGCUAUCAUCUGUGGGUAGUCCUUCUCUGGCCAUAGUUCUGCGAAAGGGCAGAGGUCUUGAUGCUAGACGUUGGGCGAAAUCACAAGAUGAAGAAGGCAGGCAAAGAUACUACUUUCAAUCAUUUGUUUCAUUCAAUGUCGCCAGCAGGACAAUCAUGGCCUUGUGGAAAACGAAAACAACGAUCCCUGAACAUAAAGCACAAAUUGCUGAAGAACAGCAACUGGAUCAAGAAAAAGGUUCCAUCAUGCUUGAAGACUAUGGAUACUUUCUGGAUGCUGAAUAUGUAAAUAUGCCCAACAUCUACUCUGCUGAACUUCCUGUUAGUGUAGAAUCACUGAUGGAAAUGUUUGAUGGAGGAAAGUUGGAGCACAAAAUCAUGGAAAAAUCUGGACGUCUUAAUUAUGCAAUUACUGCAUGGGAAUCAGUAAAGGCUGGAGUUCUUGAACGGCAUCUAUCGUACAGAUUCAAACGACAGAUUUCAAUCUUUGGAGGGGAAGUCACCUGCACACAACGUAAAUCUCCGCUUGCAAACGAAAAAGGGUGGAUUGUUAAAGAGCUCAUGGUGCUACAUGAUGUCCCAUUUGCUGACCACUUCCAUUCUGAAAUCCGUGACAAGAACUUUGAAUUUGGGCACUCUUUAGACUUGAUCAUGAGUGUAUGA